GGGCCGGCGGGCGGGCAGGGGGGUUGGGGUGUUGCGCGGGCUGCGCCGCCGCCAUGCGGGAGCGGAGGUCGGUACCGGCCGCCCCGGCCCGCUGCAAGCUGGUGCUGGUGGGCGACGUGCAGUGCGGCAAGACGGCCAUGCUGCAGGUGCUGGCCAAAGACUGCUACCCCGAGACGUACGUGCCCACCGUGUUUGAGAACUACACGGCGUGUCUGGCCAGCGAGGAGCAGCGGGUGGAGCUGAGCCUCUGGGACACCUCCGGUUCUCCCUACUACGACAAUGUGCGCCCCCUCUGCUACAGCGACUCGGAUGCCGUCCUGCUCUGCUUCGACAUCAGCCGCCCCGAGACCCUUGACAGUGCGUCCAAGAAGUGGAAGACGGAAAUCCUGGAUUAUUGCCCCAACACACGGGUGCUGCUCAUCGGCUGCAAGACAGACCUGCGGACGGACCUGAGCACCCUAAUGGAGCUCUCUCACCAGAAGCAGGCACCCAUCUCCUAUGAGCAGGGCUGCGCGGCCGCCAGGCAGCUGGGAGCCGAGGGCUACCUGGAGUGCUCGGCCUUCACCUCGGAGAAGAGCGUCCACAGUAUCUUCCGGACCGUGUCCAGCAUCUGCCUCAGCAAAACCCCCCCGCAGCCCCCCAAGAGCCCCCCCCGCAGCCUCUCCAAGAGACUCCUGCACCUCCCCAGCCGCUCCGAGCUCAUCUCCUCCGCCUUCAAGAAGGAAAAAGCAAAAAGCUGCUCUGUCAUGUGAAGGGGGGGGGGGGCGCGACAUGAAUGCCCCCCCCCCUCCAUCCUGCUCAAAGCCCCCGGCCCCCCUGAGUCCCCAGGAUGGGGUGGGGGGUUGGAUGGGGCCCUGGAGCCCCCCCUCACGGAGGAUGGGGUGCCUGCCGCCCUCCCAUCGCACCGCUUCCCCCACCAGUCCCCAUCCUGAGGGGCGGCCCCCAUGGCGGGGGGGUCUGGGGGGGGCCUGAGGAGGGUGCUCAACAGCUGCUCCUCAGCCCCCCCAACCCUGGGGGGGCUCAUCCAUGGACUCACGCUGUUUUCCCUUCCCCCCCUGCCCCAUCCCUCAUCUGCUGCUUGGUGCUGGGGGGGCUGUUUUAUGGACCGGGGGGCGGUGGGGGAUGUCUCUGUUCCAUGGUCAGUGUUAUUAAAAAGCUUAUUUAUUAUCGGAAAUAUAAGAC